AUGAAUUUCGAGAAUCAGCCACCUCCAUUGCUUGACGCCUGCAGUCGAAGACUUUUGGCGCAGACUCCUCUACAUUUCGCAUGCUACACCGGCGACGGACACAUGCUGGACACCCUGAUAGGUAAUGCUCUGUUGUACAACAAUAACUGUGGACAGGCGGCCGACGCUUGUGUUUCGGCGCUGGUUUCUGAGGAAGAUAUUAUAAAUGGAUGGACGCCUGCACACUGGGCUGCUUUUUACGGCCAUUUAAACUGUCUUGUGAAACUGAAUGUGAGUUCAGGACUAGGGUUUGAUACUCCUUCACACCGUUCAAAUACCUCUCCACUACACUUGUCUGCACAGUCUGGAUCUGUCUUGUGUUUAAAGUGGCUGCUACAGCGUGGUUCCUCCAAAAACAGACAGGACUUUAUGGGUGAAACUGCCUUGCACAAGGCAGCAAAGGCAGGGAAUUUUAACUGUGCAGUCUUGUUAGUAGACAAUGGGGUUUCACUUGAUUUAAAAAACCACAGGGGACUGACGCCAGCUGAUUUAGCUGAACAGUCAAACCACACUGCCCUAGCUGAGCAACUACGACAAGUCGCAGUAAGAGAAGACAUUAAUAAUAUGACAGAAUACGAAAGCAAUGCUGACUCUUCUGAUAUGUUACCAGGCAGAUGUUUUUUGAAGCAGCAGGGUUUCACCCAAGCAGGACUUUCAGGUCUAACAGAUCUUUCAGAUUAUAUACCUAUGCAGUUAGGAUUGUCCAAAGAGGAUGAUAGUUUGAAACAUUCAUACAUUGUUAUGAACGGAGUAGAAAUACAUAACAGUUUUCCUACAGACUCAUGUGACAUGGACCAGGGCGAUGCUGAAACGAUGACAGACUGUAAGGGGAACAACUUUGUGUAUAAUUCCUCUUGGAAUAAAAAGAAACGUUCUUUUGAUGCCGAAGAUGAUGAUGACUUUCACUCAUGCAAGCGGAAAUGCUAUGUACCUGCUGCAGAAAAGAGCCACGAGAACAGGUAUGGAGAUGCCUGCAACAACAACAUCAUUUCCUCUUAUGCUGGAGUUCUGGCCAUGAAUGUGGAACCUCCACUACACAAGACCACAACAGCAAGUCCUGUCUUGCAACAGUCCUCCCUGAUGGAGCAUGAAGCCUCAGUUGUUGCUCAGCAGGGCUACGACAGCACUUUCAUGAAUACACUAUCUCAUGCCUUUCACUAA